CACACCCAUAAAUUAAACAGACUAGCCUAUGACUCGCUGAAGAAGAGUACGAGGAUGUCUGGAAGUGAGCGCUCACUGCUUGAGCAAGCUCUGAAGGAGGAUGGCAAUAAUUUGUGUGCAGAUUGUGGGAAAAAAGGACCAGAUUGGGCAUCCGUGAACUUGGGAAUAUUCAUCUGCAUCGAUUGUGCUGGUAUUCACAAACGACUUGGCACUUCAGUAUCGCACAUUAAAUCUGUAAAGCUAGAUCAAUGGACACAAGAUAUGAUACAGGACAUGAUAUCUGUUGGCAAUAUUGAAGCAAAGAAAAAAUGGGAGCAUAAAGUACCCAUUAUAUGGCCAAGACCUACUCCAGAUGAUAAAUUGAUGUGUAGAGAACAGUGGAUAAGAGCAAAGUAUGAAAGAAAAGAGUUUGCACCUUCAGCUCCUGAAAUUCUUCGACCUUAUUUAACAGGUCUUAGACAGGGAUUUCUGCACAAACGAAAGAAGAAGAGUGACGAAUGGAAGUCACGCUAUUUUGUUUUAGAUGAGGAAAAUUUCAGCUACUUCAUUAAUUCUCAGGAUCGUAAACCUAAAGCUAGUAUACCCCUGCUUGGACUUAAUGCCAUGUUUGAUGCACCAGGCUUAGAGGAUCACAAUCACUCAAUGUUGAUAACAUAUCGAAUACGUGGCAAGUCUAGGAACUUGUUUGUUUACACUGAUAGUGCAAAUGAAAUGAUGGAUUGGUUUUUGACCAUAAGAUCUGCUAAAUUAAAAGCUCUCCGUCUUAAGUAUCAUGCUCCUGAUGAAGAAUUAAUAGAUAAAGUUACUUGGAAUUUUACACAUGCUGGUUACAUGUACAAAAUGCCUCCUAAUCAAAAGAAACUUCAAAGAAGGUUUUUCGUCUUGGAUAAAAAUAAUCUUAGAUACUAUGAUAAACCCAAGGAUGCAUAUCCUCUUGGCGAGAUUCUGAUUGGACCUUCGUCUGAAGGAUUUUUGGUUUCAGAAUCAGUCCCACAUCAUCUGUCUGAGUACAAUUACAUUUUUGUGCUUCAGGCGCCUCAUAGAUGCUUUCCUCUAAUGACUGAAUCAGAACAGGACAAAAAGCAUUGGAUGACUCUUUUGCAAAACGUUAUUGAAGGAUCAAUGGAUAAGUUGGAUGAUGCUCCUGAUGAUGCUUAUGUGACAUAUGAAGAUGAGAGAGAUCAUUCUCUCUCAAUUUGAUCAUUAAUUUUAAUUCAUUAAAUCAAAAUUUGUAGCAACUGCAUUUUCAUUCUUAUUAUUGGUGUUAGUGAAAUUAGUUUGUGAUAAGCAUAUUUAAAUAGUUUUUAUUGGAACAAA